AUGUACCAGAAUCUAAGAGUAUUAAAUUGGAAUGUUCCAACAAUAGACAGGAGUUUAUCCAGUGGUCUUUCGAGGCUUCGUUUCGAUCGAAUUCCAGUAACAAUCCGGAUAUACAAUGUACUGCUGAUUAUUCAGGCAGGUUACUAUCCUGUCCUCGCUAUUGUUGGUGUUCCCGUUAACGUAGUGACGACCUAUGUCCUGCUUUAUAAAGAUUGUGGAUUGUCAUCAUGUGUCAGACGUUACCUGGGGGCCAUGGCAGUGGCUGAUCUACUGGUCAUUAUCCUCGACCUGAUAUUGAGACACGUUCCCAUUGUUUAUGGGGAACAGUUUUAUUUCCUGCGGUCCAUCCCCGUGUGUAAUGUCCACGCCGUCCUGCUUUAUGCGGCCACUGACUGUUCUAUCUGGUUCACCGUCACUUUCACCUUUGAUCGAUUUGUGGUAAUUUGUUGCCAGAAGCUGAAAAGUAAAUAUUGCAGUGAGAAAACGGCGGCUGUGGUUCUGGGAACAGUGACUGUGCUGAGCUGUUUAAAGAACAUUUUCUGGUAUUUUAUGCUCACAGCUCGCUAUUGGCUGGGGAACGCUCCCUGGUUUUGUGAGAUAACAAUCGAUGUUCGUGACUCUCGUGUCUGGGUCACAAUCGAGUUCGUCCACCAUAUUCUAACCCCGGCUCUCCCAUUUCUCCUGAUUCUGCUGCUCAAUGUUUUCACCGUCAGACACAUUUUAGUGACCAGCAGAGCCCGCAGGAGACUUCGGACUCACACCAAUGGAGAUGUUCAGUGUGACACAGAAAUGAGAAAUCGAAAAAAAUCCAUCAUUUUACUGUUUGUGAUCUCGGCCAAUUUCAUCCUGUUAUGGUCAACGUUAAUGGUUUAUUCUAUAUGGAUCCGGAUGUGGUAUUUCGAGUUUCAGUCUGUGCACACGGAUCGCUUUGUGCAGGAAUUGGGCUUCAUGUUGCAGCUCCUCAGUUGCUGCACAAACACCGCGAUUUAUGCCGUGACCCAGACUAAGUUCAGGCAGCAGCUGAAGAAUGUAAUGAAAUAUCCCUUUACGCAAAUUCAUCAAUAAUCAAAUUCACUCAUUAAUCAAUCCAUCCAGGAUGUUCUCAUU